AUGCUUGACGAACACAUGGAGGCCAUCGCGGCGGCGCUCUCCCGCGUCUGUGUCAUGCGGGCCCUCGACUGCACGGUACUCAGGAGCGGCGUGUGCGGCGUGGUGGAGCGGAAUGCGUGCGGCCGCCGCGAGUUGUGGCGGGUGGAGCGCGAGGCCUCACUUAUCGCAGAGCUCCGCGAGUGGCAGACCACCUUCGUCGCCGAUUGGACGCGACAGAAGGCGGAGUGGCGCCGCAGCCGCAGCGGGGCCUUCCGCGAGGUGGAGGACGACUGCCGGGCGCUGGCGUGCUAUCUCACGCGUGCAGACUUCUCUUCGAGUCCAUUCGCAGCGCUUGAACGCGGCCGGCGGCUCUUCGCGUGGGCGAGCACUGACGCUUUCCGCACAGCAGCAGCAGCAGCACGUGACGAGGCGCUGGCUCUCGCCGAGGAAGUGUGUCCGGCGAAGACGGCGGAGGCGAGUAGCACUCGCCGGUUGCUGCUCCAGUCACGCCGGUCGUGGCGUGUGUUGUUCUUUGUAUGGACGCGCUCCGCGUUGGCGCGUGCGCUGCCCCCGUCACACUCGGACUGCGCGCUGCUGACGGCGGUGGUGGAGGAGUUUCUGCACGAACAGAGGCGCGACUUCCGUGUCAAACUUCUGACCGCGGGAAUGGUGCCAUCCGCGUGA